AUGAUGCUAUGGUGGGGUAGCCAGCGCCUGUGCAGCAUACUAUCUGAUGUCGAGGAAGCACGGAAUAUGUGUCAUUAUGUUGCGAUUGAGACCAUCCAAGACAUCACGACAUUCUGCUUGGACUACCGUGACAACAUCCAUGUCGGCCUGAGCUGGUACGCCACAUACUUUCUGUUCCAGGCGACCAUUGUUCUUAGCAUCCAUUACUUGAGACCGCCUCAACCGUUAGAUAUGGGUCCGGAUUCAGCGAACCAGGAGCUGUGGGCUCUCUCUAUAUCAAGGGCACGCGACUGUCUUGCCCAGCUGGGCCAAAAUAAUGAGGCUGCAACGAGAUGCUUAGCUGUUCUGGAAAGAAUUAGAGAUCAAUCGGAGCGAUCGCAACAGUCUUCCUUGACUCCAUCGGCCACAAGGCCUAAUGCGAGCGUUCACGCUGACCACACCCUGCUACACCCUGCUCCGGAAAUAGAAGACACAAUCCCGACAACGUUUGCCAUCGAUCCGGCCCUGCAGAUUCUCUUCCAAGACACAGCGUGGAAUAAUGAUAUCUUCGAAGGUCUUCAGGGGUUCCCUAUCACAGAUGAGGCCGAAGCGUUUGACUACAUGCCCCCAGACGCUUGA